CCCUUGAGAAAGUCGGAAGACUCACAACAAAAUCAGUAGCGAGCCUUCAAUGGAACAUCAAGAGGAGAGAAGUUUUGCCAACUUCUCCGCCAUGCUGUACACUCUGGCUGGAGGAGGCACACUCUGCGGCGUGGCUGCCCUGGUGCUCUUAAUCGUCUCCACAGCUACCGACUUCUGGAUGCAGUAUCGUUACUCGGGUAGCUCAGCCAAUCAAGGCCUUUGGAGGUUUUGCAUCAACCACAAAUGUCAUGCUCACACCAUCACUGUAGCCUUCUGGGAUGCGACUCGGGCCUUCAUGCUGCUGGCUGUGCUCAGCUGCUUUGCUGGCGUGGUGCUCGGCCUGAGUGCUUUCACCAAUGGGACCAAGAACAAGAGGGUGCGCAUGGGGGGCAUUGCCCUAGUCUUUUCAGGUUUUCUUGCUCUCUUGGCUCUCUCCAUCUACACGGGAGUGACAGUCACUUUCUUUGGGAAACGCUUCUUGGACUGGCGAUUUUCAUGGUCCUACAUCAUCGCCUGGGUGGCCAUAAUCCUGGCUUUUGCAGCAGGUGUGUUUCAGCUCUGUGCUUACCAGCGAACAACCGCAGAACCUUCGCCCCCAAAUGUCUCUGACAGUUGAACCACAACACACUGCGGCAACGCAACUGAUGCUUGUCAGUAGUUAGAAUAAAGAGAAAUCAUACACGUCCUGUGUGCCUUCUCUGCUAUAGAAAAAUAAAAUACAG